AUAAAUUUAAAUUUGAAAAAUACAAAACAAAACAAAAAAGAAAUAAUAAAAGGAUAGAGAAUCCUCCUUCUCAUUGUAUCAAGAAAAUAGAGUGAAAAGUAAGAAAAUGGCUGCCUCAUUGAUGGGAAGUAGCCAGCGCCUUGCCGCUCUGGCGCUCUGCCUUAUACUCCUCCUGGAUAUUACAAUGCCUAGUUUGGUUUUGGCCAAUAAGGCCAAAGGAGGAGGACGUGCACAAAAAGGUGGUGGGCAUAAAGGAGGCGGUGGUAGGCAUAAAGGAGGAAAAGGUGGUGGGCCUAAAGGAGGUGGUGUAGCUCCAAAUGUUCCUAAACCUAAUCCAAAUCCAGUUGGCGGUGGAAUUCCUAAUCCUAAUCCUGUGAUUCCUCCUAAUCCUAUUCCAGCUGCUGGUAGUGCUCCUGGGGUUGGCGGCGUUCCUGUUCCUGAAGCUGGGAAAGGCAUCAUAUACCACGGAGGGCCUCUGCUCACCGGGGACAUCAACCUCUCCAUCCUAUUUUACGGUCAGUUCACGGCCGAACAAAAGAACGUCGUCCGGAGUUUCCUCAGGUCCCUCGAGAACACCGAGAACGACCACAUAGCCGCCGUGCACAGGUGGUGGGACAUUGUCGAGGCCUACCAACUAUUCACCAAUAAGCCCGGCCUGGACCCCACCGCUACCCCACCAAGACUCCGGAUCAAAGUGGGCACUCAGCAGACUGACGACAAGUACACAGUGGGGAAGGUGUUGACCAUUGACUUCAUCAACUCCCUGUUCAAGAAGGCCGACUCCGGGAAGCCCAACACUCUUGUCGUACUCUUCACGGGGAGCCAAGUGACGGUGACAGGGCUGUGCAGAGGCAAAUGUUACGAGCACGGCUUGGUUGAUAACAAACCCUAUCUCAUCGUCGGCAACCCCGAAAUCGAGUGCCCCGGAGCUUGUGCCUGGCCCUUCAACAGGCUCGACUACGGCGUUCCAACCCAGGUCACCGUGAAGCCCCCCAACGGAAACGCCGGCAUUGAUGCCAUGCUCAUCAACUUCGCCUCCGGCUUGGCUGCUGCAGUCACCAACCCCUUCAAUACCGGAUUCUUCAAACCCGGACCCAAGGACGACCCCAUCGAGGCCGGCACCGCCUGCGAUAACAUCUUCGGAAGUGGCGCAGUCCCUGGCCAGACCGGAAAGCUUGAGCUCGACACCGCUUCGGGUGGAUCCUACAAUGCCAUUGGAGAGAAGGGUAUGAAGUUCAUGCUCCCCUCCGUGUGGAACCCACGCACCAACAACUGCUGGACCGCCCUGUAACUGUAAGUUAACCCAAAUGUGCUCGUCAUAAAUAUAUAACAAUAACAACUUAAAAUCAAAACCAGUUUUCCAGUUUUACAGCAGCUCACCGGCCCCCAUGCAUUCAUGCUGCUGGAUUGAUGCGGAAAAUAAUCCUUAUAGCAAUGCUUCAUCCAUGUAAUUUUCCCUUUUUGUUUAUCUUUUUUGUCUCCAUUGACAUGACCCCUCGUCAUCGUGCUAUGCAUGACGUCAUGUCUUAUAAUUUUCAGACAAUGAAAUUGAGAUUUUGUAAUCUAAUUAUCUCUUCAUUAA